AUGAAUUCAAAAAUUAAAGGUAUAACGGAUGAUAUAACAUCAAUUCCACCAGAAGAACAGAGAUAUUACGCAUUAAAUGCAUUUCCUAAAGUUUUGAAGAUUGGAAGAUUUAAUUUAAAUGAGGAAUUCAUAGAAGGUUUCCUAAAUGACAUAAUGAAGAAAGCAGAUAAGGAAUAUGUGGAUGAAAAAGAUAAAGAAAUUAAAGAAAUGGUUGAAUGGUAUCAUGAAUGGACAUCGAAGAUUUUUAAAACUAAAGCUGAUACAGGAUGGGUUUCAGGAUGUUUAGACCUUAAAGCGGAUAAGGAAUAUGUUAACGAUGAGUUAGAGAAGAAAGCGGAUAAGGAAUAUGUGGCUAGUGAAUUAAAUAAGAAGGCAAAUUUGGUUUACGUUGAUGAAAAAGAUAAAGAAAUUAAAGAAAUGGUUGAAUGGUAUCAUGAAUGGACAUCGAAGAUUUUUAAAACUAAAGCUGAUACAGGAUGGGUUUCAGGAUGUUUAGACCUUAAAGCGGAUAAGGAAUAUGUUAACGAUGAGUUAGAGAAGAAAGCGGAUAAGGAAUAUGUUAACGAUGAGUUAGAGAAGAAGGCGGAUAAGGAAUAUGUUAACGAAAUAUACCAAAGUUUGAUAGGAACAACAAAAAAUAUUGAAACUAUUGUUGGUGACUUUUCUGUCAAUGAAGAAAAUAAAUAUUUUAGAUGGCAGUUUAUACAGUCCUUAAAAAAUGGUACACGGUGUAAACUCAUUCCGAAAAAUAACAAUGAAAUGUAUGUAGGCUAUAUAAAGAAUAAUGGUACACAAGUUAAAGUUCCAUUAGACAACAACUGUUACUUAAACUUAUAUGGAGACGAACAAAAGAAAUAUUUAAGAGUUUAUGAAAUGGCAGAUAUGACAUUGCCUGACCCAGCUCCAGCACCAUAUUAUUAUGACUAUGGAGAUGAUGUCAGAACACCACAUGUAGAUGAACAAAAGCUAACAUUAUAUUUAGAUUAUUAUAGAUAUAAAAGAUAUAAUGCAAUAGAAAAAACGAGAAUAGUAUAUUAUUAUACAGAUGACAGAAAUAAAUAUUAUAGUCAAGAUUUUACCUACCCUGAAAACAUAAGAUUAUAUUAUAAAAAAUAUUCUGACACAAACCAGAAGAAACCUGAAAUAGUUACACUAUAUCUUAA